CAUUUUUGGAUGAAAGGCAGCCAUAAGUUGAUCCAAAAUGGAUAACAAAACCCGCGAUCCCAACCGCCGAACCAACUCUCUCUCAAAACUCAAAUAUGGCAGCAAUUUCUUCACUCUUCUUCACCCCAAACCCCACCUCCACAGCGUCAUUCUCCUCCUUCAAAAACUCACCCACCUUGCACCUUUCAAGAAGAGAAUUCUUGAACGGAUCAGCAACUCUGCUGCCACUCCUCAUCUCUCCUCCGCCGCCUUCAUUGGCAAGGGAAGUGGAGGUCGGAUCCUACCUCCCGCCCUCACCGGCCGACCCCUCUUUCGUUCUCUUCUCCGCCACUUCCAAAGACACCCCUGCACUUCGUGCAGGAAAUGUAGAGCCCUACAAAUUCAUGCUGCCACCAACAUGGAAGCAGAUGAGGAUAGCAAACAUACUAUCUGGGAACUACUGCCAGCCCAAGUGUGCUGAGCCGUGGAUCGAGGUGAAGUUCGAAGACGAGAAACAGGGGAAAGUGCAGGUGGUGGCUUCUCCCUUGAUAAGGCUCACAAACAAGCCUAAUGCAACCAUUGAAGAGAUUGGGACCCCAGAUAAGGUCAUUGCCUCUCUUGGCCCCUUUGUCACUGGUAACACACUCGACCCCGACGAGCUUGUCGAAGCCUCCAUCGAGAAACGAGGCGAUCAAACGGUACCAUCAAACAUGCCAUUUCAUGAUCAAUUCUUGAUUACUUCUGCUGAAUUCAUGUUUUGUUGCAGUAUUAUAAGUAUGUACUCGAUACACCCUAUGCUCUCACGGGAACACACAAUCUUGCCAAGGCGACGGCCAAGGGGAACACCGUCAUCCUCUUUGUCGCCAGCGCCAGCGACAAGCAGUGGCCCUCGUCGGAGAAAACCCUGCAAGCAAUUCUUGAUUCCUUUGAAGUGUAAAGCCAUUGAUAUCGGACAAGAAUACUAAAAACCUUUGUUUUUUGCUGAACUGUUACUCCAAUAUAUGUUUUGAGACAAUACAGUGUCAAAUUUUCAUCAGAAAA